AUGUCCAUAGCAUCAUCUCAUGGGUCCAGCGUCGACUGGACUGGGUACGGACCUCCUUCACCAUCCGAUGCAAUCAGAGACGGUCUGUCACGGCUACGCCUGGACCAGGCAUCAUCAGACUUCGCUUUCGUUGCUCAUGGCCAGGAGUGGAAAGUUCAUAAGCUCGUUCUGUCCAUGCACUCCGAUGUUCUCUACAAGAUGAGCAGUAACGGAGAAUUCCCAGAUUCUAGAGCUGGCCGCACUACGCUACAUGGCCUCGAAGACAAGCCUUUCGACGCCCAUUAUGUCCAGGCACUCGUUAUGUACAUGUAUGAGCAGCGGUUGGUAACUCCGUGGACUCGCAAGAGCGUCUUCUUUGGACAGGCCAAAUGCCAUGGUUGGAGCGAGACCAGGGCAAGAGAAGACGCCGAGACCGCUGUAUUGAACCAGGGUGCUGAUCUUCCAGCCUCUAAUGCUGACAGUGCAGUACCACCUGACGAUGGGGAGGAGAAACCAAAAGAGCCGGUCAUCCAUGGCGAUUGCGUCUAUCACCCUACCGAAGGUCUCGACUUCUUGAUCACAAUGGCCAACAUGGCUCAAAUGUACAACAUCCCAGCGCUGAAGUACAUGGCUGAGCAGGUAGUGGAUGAGUACCAAGACUGCCUGAUGCCAGGCAAGCUCGAUGCUGUCGUCGAACGGAUUUGUACCGCGGGCACUGUGACGGAACGCAUGCGAAAGCUCGUGGUGAAUGCAACAGCAUCUAAGCUUGGAAGAUUCCACAAGACUGGCACUCUUGACGACCACCCAGAAUUCAAGGAAAGAGUGUUCCAGAAAUUGGGUAGGGAUGAUCAUCGGCGCAUCGAGAGAGAGAAGAAGGCUGAAGUAGCGCGCGAGGCAGCAACUCGUCGGCGUAAUUCUGUUGAAAGUACCUGGCCAACACGGGUGUGGUAG